UUUUAGUUGAGAUAAUUUUCCCUCACAUUUUAAGUGAAAAACAAUAUUAUCAUGUACGAAGAAUAGCUUCAAUAUUAUUUAAUACUUUGUUUUGUUUUAAUAACCUAAGCUAUAUAUACUGCUGCUUGUGCCAUCAGCGAAGUCACGUACGGUAUACUUCAAGAUGUCGAGAGCAAAAGUUGGUAUUAACGGUUUUGGUCGUAUUGGGAGGCUUGUACUUCGUGCAGCUUUCCUCAAGAACACCGUGGAUGUAGUUUCGGUGAAUGACCCUUUCAUAGAUUUAGAGUAUAUGGUGUACAUGAUAAAACGUGAUUCCACUCAUGGGACAUUUCCAGGCGAGGUUUCGACUGAAAACGGAAAGUUAAAAGUCAAUGGAAAGUUAAUAUCAGUUCAUUGUGAAAGAGAUCCAGCAAACAUCCCGUGGGAUAAGGACGGGGCUGAAUAUGUCGUUGAGUCCACUGGAGUCUUUACGACCAUUGAUAAAGCUCAGGCUCAUAUUAAAAAUAAUCGAGCUAAAAAGGUCAUAAUAUCUGCACCUUCUGCAGAUGCACCCAUGUUCGUUGUUGGUGUGAAUGAAAAUUCAUAUGAAAAGUCUAUGUCCGUGGUUUCUAACGCAUCAUGUACAACUAAUUGUUUAGCACCUCUGGCUAAGGUCAUUCAUGAUAAGUUUGAAAUAGUCGAGGGCUUAAUGACCACUGUGCACUCAUUUACGGCUACACAAAAGGUUGUAGAUGGACCGUCUUCAAAAUUAUGGCGAGAUGGUCGUGGAGCGAUGCAAAAUAUUAUUCCAGCUUCCACUGGUGCUGCCAAAGCUGUGGGAAAAGUCAUACCAGCACUAAAUGGAAAACUAACGGGAAUGGCUUUCCGCGUCCCAACACCAGACGUUUCAGUCGUUGAUCUGACAUGUAGAUUAGGGAAGGGAGCUUCCUAUGAGGAAAUCAAGGCUGCAGUUAAAGCAGCUGCAUCUGGACCAUUGAAGGGGAUUUUGGAAUACACUGAAGAUGAAGUUGUCAGUUCAGACUUUGUUGGAAGUACCAGUUCGUCCAUCUUUGAUGCGAAGGCUGGGAUAUCUCUUAACAACAACUUCGUGAAAUUAGUUUCAUGGUAUGUUUUCAUAUAUUAUUCCCUAACUUAUUUCAUGUAGGUAUGAUAAUGAGUUUGGAUACAGUUGCCGCGUAAUUGAUCUCAUUACGCACAUGCAUAAAGUCGACCAUGCAUAAUGAAGUAGCUUCAACUGUAGCCGACCAACUUUUUGUCAAUCGAUAGAUAACGAAUAAAGACUUAAUCUGCCUACUUAUUUUUCAAUUCUUUUUAUCACACAGCAAUCAAACAUUGUUUGGUUUCUUCCGUUAUUUUGUUAAGCAGCCAGUGUGAUGUUUAUUUAUUGAUUAUCAUACUUCGUUCACGAGAGCUUACGGAGUCCUAAAGUAUGUGUUCUCAUCAGAAUAAUUAUCACUAGUCCUGCCUUUCGGAUGUAUGAUGGUGGUUCACGUAACUAAUUUUCAGCAGUCGCUAAAGUUUGAUAAGAGCUGACAGGACAUAUUCAGGACUUUCAGUUAUUAUUUAUUAGUUUGUAGUUUGCUUUACGUUUAGUCGUUGUAAACUUUGUGUCCAUCUUAAACUUGCUAUUUAAUUAAUAACAGGAAGAAGGCUGAUACGAUCAGAGCUCUCAUGUCAUCACGUCAUCACAAUAACCAUUUUUCAGUAGACGGAAUGUUUGCCUUUCUUGAGCAUUUCUAGCAAUGUUUUGAUUCUAUUCGUUAAAAGUAGUCUCUGCCGACCUGGCUUUUAGUAGUAUUUAGCGGAAGUCGUUCUGUUUUCAUGGACGAUGUGUUGCUUAACAGUAGUUUUAUCGGGAUUACUUCAAUCUAACUGAAGUGAGCUGAGAUCCCACUUACUUCACAAUGCUUAGCAGGUUACUGUAUCAUGUCACAAGGCGCAAGUAAUGUAUUUUUCAGAAGCCCAGACUUCUAUGUUCUGUCGCGUUCAACUACCCGCCGUUCGUUACAUUGCAUAUCACUAGGGUUAUUCCUAGUGGAAUAGGCUACAAAAGAAGUUGAAGAAUUCAUCGAUUAAGGUUGUAGUCCUAUUAAACGGGUGUAGCCGGUCUGUUUACGACGCUGGCUCUCUGUUGCGUCACGACUACCCUAAGUUUCCCUUAGGUAUACAGCACUGCGGGUAAGGCCUAUUAAUAUUCAAUCCUGCUGUCUACAAACAAUUUUAGUGCCUCAUCUUCCCGAACUGAGCGUGUAGUAUUUCACGGGUUAGUGUUUCUAAUUAGGAGGCUCCGCAGGAAUAGUCAAUCCAGCACGGAAAUGUUAGCUGUCUUGUCAUUGACAUGAACCUCGCUGUUCACCGGAAUUUUAGGGAACAGAUGUUUUGUUCAUAUCCCACACAUGUAGUCAUCCAUUACUCAUACUUGUGAUGCCUGAGUGUGAUUAGUUUGAUCCAGUGUGCUAAAGUGUUCUCGAACUUCUGUGGAGUUCUAAGGAGGUGCGGAACACACGUCCGGUGCUCCCUGAGAUCUAAUGAUUCCCUUAGUGUCAGUUCAUGAUGAGAAAUUAGUUACCAAUUAAAUUGGACAUUCACCUGGUACUGUACUGUAAUUUAGUGGCUAAAAUAAUGUAUGUUUACGAAAGAACACAAAGAGUUUUUGUCUAGAAACCUUGGUGAUUCGCCUACUGAUAACAUUUUGACUUUGUGAUACAAAUAUCAUAGGUUCUAUGCUCGGUGCACUGUACUACUAAGUUUCGUUAAUGAUAACCACAUUCCAAACUCUUGUAUUUCGGUCAGUACGAGAAGUAUUUUAUGACAAUGAUUACGAGAUAGCUAUUAAAUUUAGUACCUCAAGUCUAUUUGAUGAAACUGAUCAGCAUAUCAUUAAGAAGAUUCGCUGAGGAUUUCUUUAAAUAAUCGAUCGGAAGUGGAGUCAUGGGUAUGCAUCCAGGCUUAUUUGAUAAGGACCACUGGAUAUCGCACCUUUCUGUCAAUUCUCUUGUACUCUUAGAUGGAGGUAAUGUAUAGACAUCUCAGAAAGACGAUGAAUAUAAACAAUAAAGAAGUACAGCCUUGCAGUUGAUAGCUUAGCUGCAAGUCAUUUAUUGUUCAAAUAAUUAUAGAUCUAUUCAGUAACAUCGCUUAAAUGAAUGGUAUUAAUUCCAGUAUUAAUGAUUACUCGGACAAAUUUCACCAUACGUUAGAGUUUGAUAGAAUCUAAUGUUUAUUAGGGUCGAAAUCAAACAUCCUUAUUGAAAUUAAUUGAUUAGUGAUAAGAUUUAAAUGUAGAGUUCAUUGAUGAACAGGUACAGUACCAAGAUAUGCACGACUUCCAUCAUAUUUAGUGUUGACUGUAUGAUCAGUUUGCCUUAUGCAUCGAAAGGAAGAACAGACGUAUGUCAGUCAGUCACAACGUAAAACUUCGUACGUACGUACAUCAGUUCGAGUUGCCAUAUCAUAUUAGCGGAUAUCUCGCCUACGCCAUAAAUUGUGGUGCCGUGCUUCAAUAAUAGUUCACUUCGAUAACCGUUAUUAUACCAAUCUUAACGGUGUAUAAAAUCAGAAGGCAAAAGGAAGCGGCAACUACAUUUAUAUUGAUAAAUGAUACAGACCAGAAAGCUGUGGGCACAUGAGCAAGUGUAAGCGAGCGAAGCAAAGAUGAUGCAUCGUGGAGAUGGCUGGGAAGCCAACUCCAGAGUGAAGCAAGAUUAAUGCGUAUUGGAGAUGGCGGGGAAGCCAACUCACUAUGAGCAUGCAUUACUCAAUAUUUAUAAUCAGGC